AUGGCGGCCCUCGCCGACGACUCGGCGCAGCUGCUCGCGGAGGCGCGGCGGUCGCUGGCGGCCGGCGACCAGGACGCGGCCAUGGCGACGCUGCGGACCGUGCUCGCGCAGACGGCGGCCGCCGAGGCGCGCGCCGCGGCGCGCGUGCGCGCGCGCGGUCCGGGCUGGGGGACGCCCCGCGUCGCCGCGGACCAGCGCGCGCUGCGGUCCGUCGCCGCGUUCCACCUGGCGAUGCUGCUGCUCGCGCGCGGCGACUCGGAGGAGGCCGACGGGCUCGCGUGGCGCUUCGGCUACGCCGCGCGGCUCUCGGACGCGGUCUUCGCGCGGCGGGCCGCCCCGGAGGCGUCGGAGGCGUCGGCGUCGGAGACCUCCGGCGUCGGCGCCUUCGCCUUCGACGGCGCGCUGCCGGACGCGCUCUUUCGCGCGCUCCGCCGCGAGCUCGGGCCCGGCAGCCGCUUCUGGUCCGGGACCUACGCGAACGCGCCGGGCUUCUUCAGUUACAACUUCCCCGUGCCCGCGCGCGACCCGCGGCACCUCGUCGGCCGCGUCGUCGCGCGCCUUUUGGCGCUCGCGGCGCCGCUCGUGCCCGCGGGCGCGGCGUCCGCGGAGGUCUGGGCGCACCGCCGGGGCGUCGACGGCGCGCACCAGAUGCGCGGUCGCGGCGUCCGUGUUUUGUUAAAUUGUUGA